GAAGGGAGCACAAGCAAUGUUCGUCAACAAGGCGCUCUCGCCAAUCCGUAGCCGUUUUGGCUCAAACUCGGCACCGCGUCCCCAAUCGUCACCUGCAACCUUACGGCGAACGGCCGCACGGGUACUCGUGCGGGUGCGAAAGGCAGCGGCCUUUCGGAGGGCAGUGAAGUAGUGCCCACGAGGCAGAGUCUCGGAGGCGUGGCGACCAGGGAAGGCCGCGAGAAGUUGUCGUUGAAGGCCAAGUGCAUCGAGCUGCGUCACUUCGAGCGCCAGGGCUCACUUAGUUCUCGCCCUUCCUUCCAGCGGUCCCUGCAGCGAGUCCUCUUCCAGCUGCAACGCUUUCUUUUGACGCCGCCAGCCUCUGCACGGCUGCGCUGUGUCGAGGGACAUGGAAGAAGCUUACGCCUCGAACAGUAGGGAUACGAUGAGGAACAGCCUCGAAAAGUUGUGUUUGUCGGAAGCCGCAGAGGCCAUUGCGCACAUUCCCGAGCAGCUGAGCAGCGUUGUGCAGAACAAAGCUAAGAGCCUUGCCGAGAACGUGAAGACCGACCUGAACUUGGUGCAGACGGCCAUUCACCGCAGUGGUGGGGACGAAGACAUCGUCGAGUUUUCCAUCGGUCAGUUGAAGAAAAUCCCAGAGAUCGUCAGGAGCUCGUUUGAUUCUAAGUUAGUUGCAAUGGAAGAAGUGAUACGGCUGAAGCUCAGCACCAUCAUUCAGAUGGUCAAGAGCAAUACCCCUGAGAGUCGGGAAAUGUAUCACCGUGUGGUGAGGGAGUUGUGGACCAUUCCCGAGAAACUGGAUCAGAUAACUGGGGAGGCGGUCGACCAGGCCGUGCAAGAGUCCAAGCGGGAGGCGAUCAGGCAUUGCGACCACGUGUUGAGCAUCCUGCCGCACGACGCGGGGGUGAGUCGCCGUGCUUUGACAGAUGCCAAACUACAUAUCGUGGAGGCUGUGAACGAUAUGCACUCCGAAACGAUGCGGUCCUUGAGGCGCACGACCACUGCGAACGUGAAGCACGCCGUGGCCCACGUGGACGAUCCCCGUGAAGUGCCGGCCACUACCUUGACCGCCUGCGUGCGGGUGAGGGAACACGCGGACCCCCUGCCGCAGACGGACGGUCCGUCCACGUCCCAGUCCAGCCACAGCGCCGCCGGCAUCGAGGACCCCAGCGCGCCCGCGGGCGAGGAGGCCCCCGCAGCACCUGCUGGCCUCCACGCCAGCGCCAGGGGUGCCCGCCACAACAACGCCGGGAGCAUGGGCCACCCUGAAAUGUGCGUCCGGCCGUGCCUCUAUUUCUUGCGGGGGGAGUGCGCGAAUGGCGGCGGGUGCAAAUUCUGCCAUUGCGAGCACCCGGUCCGUCCCGUGCACCUUGGGAGGCGGCACAGGAAGACCUUGGGGGCGGCGACCACGGCUGAGUGCUUCGGUAUCUUGCUGCCAAUCAUCGAGACGAAGAUGACCAUGCUGAGCCUGGCCACGGACACGCUCAAGGCGUACGCCAGCCAGCAGUGCGCCCCACCUGACCAGGCCGCCGCUGGUAGCCAGCUCAAGCCUCGGGAGCUUCGGACUCUGGAGAGGGCUCUUGGGGCCCUGUCCAUGCGGGUGCUGAUAGACGCGCUGCAAAGAAAGGUAGGGGCACAGGCCUCGCGCGAGAAGUCCUUAGUGGACGCGCUGCUCCUCGAGCUGCGCGGUGCGGGGUUCCUCGUCGACACUGGGGAGGGGGCCCAGGAGGAGGCCCAGGAGGACGCUUGAGUACGGCUUCCUCCGCCUGGUUCCCUCCUCCUCCUCCUCCUCCUCCUCCUCCUCCUCCUCCUCCCUCACUCCAGCUCUUGAUCAGAGCCUCAACAUGGGUGGCACUGGGCGGAGUCCAGACGCAGAGUGUCAGGCCUGAGAUAUCUUCAGGGCUUAGCUGCAGCGAGGGCAGGGCUGCGCGUCGGCCCCAGAGCAAUGCAGCGACGGAGGUGAGCCCCAGCUGCGAAGAAUCACUGCCCUCGCUCCUGAGCGUCAGUGCACAUUCUGGCUGCGAAGCCGUGAAAGCAGUAAGAUCGAAUUCGCGAUCUGCACAUUUUCAGCGCCGCUCACCACGCAAGGGACCCUGCCGUGUGUCCGUCCCUUCAGUCAAGCUCGAUCUCGCUGCCGACUUUGUCAAGGUUGGGGAGUAGGGGGACGUGCAGGAGAGCAUUCGGAAACCAAAAACAUGUGGCCUCCCAAUGUUGGCCGCUCCGCACUCUUGGUCGCGCAUGUUUCCUCCUCCGUCCUCAUCCGUUUUGCGACGGCUUGGAUCGCAUCAUUUAUUUAUGCAAGGUCUGUUGUCGCACAGUUGCUAGCAGGGCGGGUCGGCGGGACGAUGGGCCAGCAGCGCGGAAUCGUAACGUAAAUCGGGUGGUGGCGUAGUAGAUCCUUUCUUGCACAUUGCCGAACUGACGAACUAAUUAGUGCCACGUCCUGCCCAGGCGAGUUGGUGGCGCUGUACAGAGCACAACCCGUAGGGUUGGAGUUGUUUGGCGUUUCGGCACCUCGCCAGCUUGCCACGUGGGUGUAGCAAGCCGACGGGGAAUGAACAAGUUGUUGCCAGACAAUUUCCUCAGCCAGUUUGUCCUCAAUCCCUUAUGUCUCUUCGGCGCGUGUAUUGCCUUUCAGUAUACUUUGUUUUCUGGUUUUUAGCAUCACAAUUUCAGCGCGUCAGUCGGUUUGCCACUCGCGGCUGGGCGUAUCAUGUUGACAGCCUGAGUUCCAGGUGACGUCCAUUUGUGGACCCCACAGUUUUUCACACGCAUCGUCAUUCGGAAGCUACCCGCUCGUUCUCCUCAUCCCACCUCCCUUGUGAUAUCCAUGCUCUCCCUGCCCCCCUCGAGAUCCGAGUGCGGUCUGCUCAGCAUGGCUAAACUCAGGAGCUCGUCUGCCAAAUGGUAGUGCUUUUCAACAUGCACAUUCGGUUUACAAAUCAUCCUACUCCCUCGCCCCCCUCCCUCUUACGUGUCUUGCCCUCCUGCUGAUUUCUCCUGGCUGAGUUACAUGUGAUACAUCGUCAUUUGGAAGCUGCCCGCUCUUGUUCCUAAUCCCACCUCCCCUCUGGUUUCCCUGCUCUCCGUGCCCUCAACUUCUGCAGUGCAGAGGUUCUUCAGCGAAUCAUUCAGGGUGCCUCUCGCGCAUGUGCGUGUCAGGUUGCAGUUCAGCGUGCCUGUAACCAGUUCGGCAUGCCUAUAACCAGGAGUCGGCAGCAUGUCUAUAAGCAGGAUGCGCAUCUUCAUUCAAGAGUUGGCCGGUCUUUCUAUGCCAUCCCCCCUCAUCAUAUCCAUGUCGCAUUGCCUGUACUUCUGAUGGUUUAGUUUUUCAGCACAGGAGACUGUUCAGCGGAUCGCUCGUUAUGCCACUCGAGCACUGGCGUUUGCUGGCGUUUCUGCGGAUGCCGAAUGCGCUCACCAGACGGUCCGAUAAAUAUGGACGACUGCCCC